AUGCAGGCUCCUGUAGUAGUGAUGAAUACCCAAGCCGGAGAUCGGCAGGUGGGAAGAAAAGCACAAUUAUCGAAUAUAACAGCUGCAAAAACUGUCGCCGACAUAAUAAGAUCAUGUCUUGGUCCAAAAGCAAUGUUGAAAAUGCUCCUUGACCCUAUGGGUGGAAUAGUACUCACAAAUGAUGGUCAUGCCAUAUUACGGGAGAUAGAAGUCGCACAUCCAGCAGCCAAGAGCAUGAUAGAGUUGAGCCGGACGCAAGACGAAGAAGUGGGAGACGGUACUACAACAGUCAUAAUAUUAGCUGGAGAAAUCCUCGCCCAAGCAUUACCCCAACUAGAACGCAACAUCCACCCCGUCGUCAUAAUUCAAGCUUUUAAGCGUGCGCUCGCAGAUGUCCUCGACAUAAUAGAAGAAAUCUCCCUCCCGGUCAACAUCUCCGACGACAAAGCCAUGUAUCAACUCAUCUCCUCCUCAAUCGGCACAAAGUUCGUCUCUCGCUGGUCGGAAAUGAUGUGCAACCUCGCUCUCAAAGCCGUACGGACCGUCUCCCAGGAUGUGGGUGGCGGUAAGAAAGAAGUCGAUAUCAAAAGAUACGCGAAAGUCGAAAAGAUUCCUGGCGGAGAAAUAGAAGAUUCCCGUGUCCUCGACGGUGUGAUGCUCAACAAAGACAUAACCCACCCCAAAAUGCGCCGCUUAAUAAAGAACCCUCGCGUCGUCCUCCUCGACUGCCCGCUCGAAUACAAAAAGGGCGAGUCACAGACCAACAUCGAAAUCAGCAAAGAAGAAGACUGGAACCGCAUCCUCGAGAUCGAAGAAGAGCAAGUCAAAGCCAUGACCGACGCCAUCAUCCGCGUGAAACCAGACCUCGUCAUCACCGAGAAAGGCGUCUCAGAUCUCGCGCAGCACUUCUUCGUGAAAGCCAACAUCACAGCCCUGCGUCGGGUGCGAAAGACAGACAACAACCGAAUCGCGCGCGCGACAGGCGCAACGAUCGUGAACCGCGUCGAUGACAUUCACGAGAACGACGUCGGCACGCAAUGCGGGCUUUUCGAGAUCGAGAAGAUAGGAGACGAGUACUUCACCUUCCUCACACACUGCCGAAUUCCCAAAGCCUGCACGAUCCUCCUCCGCGGGCCUUCCAAAGAUAUCCUGAACGAGAUAGAGCGGAAUUUGCAGGAUGCUAUGUCCGUCGCCCGGAAUGUGAUAUUUCACCCGCGGCUGGCGCCUGGUGGGGGGGCCACAGAGAUGGCUGUCAGUGUGCGGCUGAACCAGAUGGCAAAGGGGGUGGAGGGAGUGCAGCAAUGGCCGUAUCAAGCGGUUGCGGAGGCGAUGGAGGUGAUACCACGGACGCUGAUACAGAAUAGUGGGAACAGUCCUGUGAAGGUGCUGACGAAGUUACGGGCGAAGCAUGCGGAAGGCGGAAGCACGUGGGGUGUAGAUGGAGACAAGGGGACAUUGGUAGACAUGAGGGAGUAUGGGGUUUGGGAGCCGGAGGCGGUGAAGUUGCAGAGUGUGAAGACAGCUGUAGAAUCUGCUUGUCUGCUGCUUAGAGUUGAUGAUAUUUGUAGUGCUAAGUCUGCUAAACAAGCUGGUGGGGCGGCUAUGAAUGGUGGAGGGGAUGAUUAG